AUGUAUGACUGGCAAAUAAUUGCAACUUAUUAUUCAGGUGAAGAACUUCCAAGGUUGGACCACAAGGAUGAGCUUCCAUUACUCCAAGCCUUUAUACAAGAACUUUACCGCUGUAUGGCCCUUAUACCACUAGGUAUUCAACACCAAACUACGAAGAAUGUGGAUAUUUGUGGAUACUGUAUACCCAAAGAUACAGUGGUAUUUACGAACAUCCACGCUGUGCACCACGAUCCAAAUAUCUGGAAAAAUCCGAGCGAGUUCAACAUUUAUCGCCAUAUCGACGAAGAGGGAAAGUUCAUUCCUUCCAGAAAAGUGAUUCCGUUUGGAAUCGGAUGCAGAUCCUGUCUUGGUGAGAAGUUAGCAAGAAUUGAGAUUUUCCUCUUCCUUGCCAACAUCAUCAAAAGGUUCGAGGUCCGUCCUGAUCCUGAUAGCGAACCUCUUCUUCCAAUAGACGAUGGAAUCACUGGUUUUGGUUUUUUGCCCUUUCUCUUCAAAGCUGUGGUUCUUCCACGUACAAAUAAAGGAACUCAGUAA